CGUUUAUUAUCACAGAUUGUAUUGUUUGUGGGCUUUUGCUAAUUUCUAACAAAAUAAAUAGAACACAAACAUUAAUUAAUGCUCGUGUCAGGUGGACUAACGGCUGCAAGUUGUUUGUUGUGUGCUUGUUAAUGCGUUAUACAUGGUUUAUGAACGUGUUAUUACCUCAUACACUUUCUCAAGAGUUCGCACUAUUUAGACUUUUGUAAUCUCUGUAAUAUGGAGCACAUGUUAGCCAGAUAUGUUAGAUAUAAGCCUACUGCUCCAUGCUGUUCUUUAAUACAACGCUCUUAAUUUAGCUAAUUAGAGGUUGCAUUGUAUUACUGGGAUUUAGACUGACAUCUGUCGUCAUUUAUCCCUGCCAGUACAAUAGUGAUCGAUAUCAAAUGUAUAUUUUGUUGGCUACUGUGUAUCUGCCUGGAUACUAGUCCCACGUCACUGUUGAUUUUUUAAACAAGAAGUGAACCGUAAGCCUAUAUGUAUGUCGACACGUGACUAGAGUGGUGGACAAAAAAAAAAAAAAAGGUGUUAGGCAAUGGCUGAAAUAAAUAGUCCCAGUGACUGUGUUGUUGUCAUGUAGUAGAGGUAAUGUAUUAUGGUGGUUAUGGACCUAACUGUCAUCUAGAUUGUACUAGCCCAGGGGGGUGGGGGUGUCCUUCCCCCAUGCUUUUCCAUGCCCUCCAUAUGGUCACUGAGAGGAGAUCAUCUUUCACUGAACAAACACUCCCAGAGUAGACCUCUCCUUCUCUCAGCAGUUUGUUACCCAGCAGUCACCUCUCACCUACUUCUCCAUAUGCUCCUCUGAACAGGUCCUUGAGUACAUUAGUCAAAUACUUUAAAAUAGUUGAAGUUAUUUGAGGUGUGCUUGAUUUCACUUCAAGUUUGCACUUUUGUGACUACUCUAUUGGGUCUGUUUUACCAAACAACAACAUCAAAGGUACUCACCAGCCUACUUGUGUUAUUGUGUUGCCAUGGAGAAGGCUUGGAGGGUGGAGUUUAGGAACGUGGGUAGUAGCUACUUCCCUCAGAGCCGUGUGGAAUGCCACUACAGUAUCAGCUCCCAACAUACCUGGGCCAGCCAUGACUGGGUCGGACUCUUCAAGGUGGGAUGGUCGUCAGUGAAGGACUACCACACCUUUGUUUGGGCCCUGGCCCCAGCAGGCUACCAGGAGGGCACAGAUGUCAACUGCUGUGUUCACUUCCAGGCCUCCUAUCUGCCCAAGUCCAGUUCCCAGCAGUACCAGUUUGUGUACGUGGAUGGGAAGGGAGAUGUGUGCUCUGCCAGCCCCCAGUUUAUCUUCAGCGCCCCCAAGCCUUUGGAGGACCUGGUCACCCUGGAGGAAGGAGCCCACGGAGAGGAGGGGGGGACCGACAUGCUUCUGGUCGUACCCAGGGCCGAGCUACUGCAGAGUCGCCUGCAAGAGUGUCUGCGGGAGCGAGCCGAGCUGCUCCAUGCACGGGAGGCAGCCGAGAGGAUGAAGGAGAGAGAGAGGGAGAAGUACAGGAGGGCGAGAGAGGCGUGGGACAGAGGGUGUGAGGAGUUGGAGAGGAACGUCGCUGAGCUGAAGGAAGAGCUGCGAGAAAGCAGAGACAGGAUGGAAGAGAUGGAGAGGAGGCAGGAGGAGGUGGAGGCGUCAGGGGAGGCCUUGGCUCAAGAGAAGAGUUCCAUACUGACUAAGAAAGCAGCCAGUGAACAGCGAAUCAGAGAGCUGGAGGAUGACAUUAAAGCCCUGACACUGAAGGCUUUGGAACGAGAGACUGAGCUGGAGAGGAUGAAGGAGAGGACCAAGAAGCACGCAGUUCAAAGGAGGGAGGAGGAGAAAGAGAGGAACGUUCUGCAGCUCACGCUGGAGCAGACCGAGGGAGACCUGCGGAGUCUGUCUGCUGAGUUCCAGGGUCUGAGGAGCUCCCUGGCCCAGAGAGACACACACGCCCUACAGCUACGGGACACCAUCACCACCCUAACAUACAGGCUGAAUACGGCACAGAGGAAAGAGGCAGAGAGCGAGGCCGCCCUGGCUGAGAUGCGGGGCCUGCGGGAGCGUCUGGGGGCCAGCGAGCGUUGUGCGGAGGGCCUGAAGGGAGAGCUGUGUGCCCUGGUGGCUCAGAGGGACCAGGGUCAGACAGAACUGCACCAGGCCAGGCUCCAGGCGGCACAGCUCACCCUACAGCUAGCUGACGCCAGCCUAGCCCUGAGGGAGGGCAGAGCACGCUGGGCCCAGGAGAGACAGAGCCUGCAGUGCAGCACUGAGAAGGCCAGAGAGCGUCUGGAGAAGCUAAAUGGAGAGAUGCAGCGGAUGGAGGAGAAGCUUCAGGAGGAGAGGAUGGAGAGAGAGAAGGUGGAAGUGGAGCUGGGAAGAGAGAAGGACUGUAACCGGGUGCAGCUGGGUGAGACAUGCAGGGAGCUCCAGGAGCUGAAGGCCAGUCUGAGGGUGGCCCAGAAGGAGAAGGAACAGCUGCUGCUGGAGCAACAGGACCUGAUGGAGUACCUGCGUCAGGUGGAACAGAGGAGGGAGGCUGUGGCAGAUGCCAAGUGGAGCGCUGCAGUGUUCACCCCCACCAGUCUCCAUGACAGUCCUCUGUCUGACUCUGAGGAUGAGAACCCUGAGGCCCUGCAGCCCCCCCGCCAGCCCCCCCGCCAAACCUCCAGGCAGCCCCCCCUCUCCUCCCGCCCCCUGGCCCAUUACAGCCUGUGUGACCCCCAGGCCCAGCCUGACUCCCUGCUCCCCUGCACCCCCCCUUCCUCCCCCAGAGACAUGUCCCGGUCCCUGUCCCGAGGGGGCGUGGUCAUCAGCCAGCCCGCCCCCCUGUUGUUGCCCAGGCAAUCGGGCGGAGACACCCUAACACACAGCUCUGAGUCGGAGGAGGAGGGUAACACCGACCAGUGCGGAGGACACAGCUCUGGAGAGGAGACAGCCAUGCUGCUGCCUGAGACCACAGAUACGGUCCUCAGUGACCUGGCUAAUACCUCUCAGUGGUAGAGAGUGGAGAUACAGGACCAGGUUAACAACAGCACUGUCAGUGUGCUCUUUACUUUAAUUCAGCAUUCAGCGCACAAGCACACACACACUACAAUUCACCUCCUCUGACAAACUAUGUUAAUAUGCAAUUUGCUUCUACAUUGUAUAUGAACUUCUUCUUUGGUGUGACUUCUAGGCUGUUAUGCUGCCUCUGUACAUAACAUGGGUCCAAAGAAUGACAUAAUACCUGUCAUAACAGGUCGUGACAGCUCAAAUCAUAGUUACGACCUAUCGUGACUGUUCUAAAGCGUGAAACGUUUAACAUUUAAGGCUUAGUUAGAUGUUUAAUAGUUCAUGUUCCAUAACAGGAUUAUUUCCGUUGCAGGAGGAGUGAUGUUGGGAGCUUUAUGACGUGUGUUAUGUCAUUUUUAUGAUGCAGUUAUUAUGAGGCAUCAUGACAGCAACUGUAAUUAAGAUAUUUUGAGUGAAUAUAUCUGUCUCCUUUUCAAAUCUAAAAGUUGAUUUGCGCUCUUCCGUCUGCGUAACAACUUUCAGACUACUGUAAUAAUAGUCAUUGAAACAUACUAAAACUAUGUUCGAAGAGUCAUUGUAAAGUACAGAUACAUAUCAUGUUUUUCCUCCUUAUAUUCAAACCUAAGAUAUUAUAUUAUAAGCAUUUUCUGUUGUUCAUUAUUAGACUAUUUAAUUAUUGCUUUAUUAGUGGUGUUCUAGUACUAGUUGAGAGGUGACUCAAAGAUAGAGAAGCAUCCGGAAUGGGGAAGAACUGUUGAAAACGCUUCUGAAAAGGGUGAACGUUUGAGUUGAGUGGGAGAGCAAUCAGGUUGAAUGUAGACUGGAAGAGACACUCUAGAACGGUGGUUGCUACUAAUUACGGUGAGAGGAAUGACAUUUUAAUGUUCUCUCAUGUUUUUAUUGCACAAUAUGUUUUACUCCCAAUAUUCUAUCCUCAGCAACAUAAAGCUAUUGCUCCUGCAUGCUGGUAGCUGUAGAGCCACUGCAAUAUUUUCAUACAUUAGACCAGAUUUAAAUCUUAAAUCAGUGUGUUGUUUUAAAGCAAAUAUAAUGUAUGUGUUUAGAAGUCCUAGAAGAUCAUUAGUAUUACACUAGAUUCACUGAACAUGAUAUACAGAAAAUAUCUGCUUCAGAGUGAAGAAGCCAUUCUAAAUUUGUACCUAAAAGAACAAAUUGGUAAACGAAGGAAUUUCAUCAUAAUAAGAGAAUCUAUUUAUGGAUACUGACGUUGCAAGACUUGUUGGGAGUGUUGCUACUAUUUCUCAAUGAAGGCUGCCCUGGAAAAGAUUGUUACUACUGGGUCAAUAAUACUAUAUAACUUCUUCAUGAUUUUCUACCAAAACUCAGCUUGAGUUAUAUGGUAAUGAAAUUAUAUCCAGAUUUAGUUUAAGCUACACAGUUGAUAUGUGUAAUAAGAAGAAAAUACUAAAGCUAGGGUUUUAAAGCUUGCUAAUGAAAAAGAAUGCGCUUGGGACACUUUGCUUGGUCGAUUUGUAAUUUGCUGCAUUUGCACUAGUUAUUUUGCUAUAGGAGAUGUUUUGGGGACGGAACAUUUAUUUUAAUUUAACAUAAUGAUACUCAUCAUUAAUACUGUCUAUGUUAUGUCAUCUAUUCUCAUUAUCAUAAUCAUUACCAUCUUGUGUUGUGUUUACUCUUCUUCAUUUCUUUUUCUUUCCCAGAUUUUCUGUCUAAAGGUCAAUUUAACUGUAUUAUCUAUCACGACUGUCUGGUAAGGUUUGAAAAGUUAGUCCAAAGGGUAGAGAUAUUGGUGCUACUGUAUAGGACAACAGUUUGUUCACACAUGGGUUGUAGCCAUAGUGAAAGUGUGACAUCUGUAACAUAUAACUCAGGCCAUUAUAAUAACAACUUUGUCAGCAUUGAUGGACAUCCUUGCUCAUUGAAGGCUGUGCUUCAGUGGGUUUUGGAGUACCCCUCUUUGUCGCUACACCCUUUCAGCUAUACCUGUAGUGUAGUCUAGUACUACAAAUCUGGUUGCUACCCUGGGUGGGUGAUUUUGACAUCCUGGUAUGUGUACCAAAAGUUCCGUAGCACUGAGAUCUAUCGUUUUGUUGUCGUCAUUCUAGAUUUCUGUUGGAAAUUCUAUUAUAUUUCUAUGUCUACUGUGAGCUAUUUGAGUGUAUAGUGUAACUUGUUUUCAGGAUACCUAUCUACUCAUUGCAAUAAAGCUCCAGUGGUUUUCUGGUGUGUAUGUUUGUUGAGGUCAUCUUACUUAUACAAAAUAAUUGUAGUUAUUGGUAGUACUAUAUACUGUCUGUUCAUGUGGGUGGGUUUCUGUAAUAAAAUAAAACAUGUAUGUGUAUCAA